CUCUUAAUGAAGGCUACUGUGUGACCCGGACCCUGGGGGAGGGGGAUGGGCUACACCAAGAAUAGACUUCCUUGAAUAUCACUCUUGAGUGUUUUGCCCUGUGCCAGGCACCGUUGUAAUCACUUAGAUGGAUUAUCUCAAAUAACUUUGUAGUCAGCCUGAGAGGUGAGUUACUUGCAUUAUUCCCCCAAUUUGCAGAUUAGAAAAUUGAGGCUUGAUGCCUUGCCCAGAAGUUUUAGACUAACACACAACAGGCAGGUUAAUUUUCCUCCUCAGUCCUAAGUCCCUCGGAGUUUACAGGUUUUCUUUCCUUUCCUUUCUUUGUCUUGAGUUCUUUCUUUCUCUCUCUUUUGCUCCCUCCCACCCCCUGCUCCCCACAUUUUCUGAAACUUUAUUGUGCAGUUGGUACUCCUAGACCCUGAGAUUGAAGUGUACAACCAGAGUGAGGGGAGAGGAGUGCGUUUACAGAGCACCGGUUGCCCAGGACAGUGAUAAGCUGUUUCCAGAGUCAUCCUGGGCUGGGGCCCUCCUCUGCAGCCAUGGUCUGGAGGAAACUGGGUGCUGGCAACUUCUCCAACUGCCCCAACGGCUCCAUCCAGUGGAUCUGGAAUGUGUUUGGUGAAUGUGCCCAGGAUGGCUGGGAUGAGGCCAGUGUGGGCCUGGGCUUGGUCUCCAUUGUCUGCUUUGCUGCAUCCACCUUCCCCCAGUACAUAAAGGCCUGCAAGACAGGCAACAUGGACCAGGCCCUGUCCCUGUGGUUCCUCCUGGGCUGGAUCAGUGGAGACUCCUGCAACCUCAUCGGCUCCUUCCUUGCAGACCAGCUGCCCCUGCAGACCUACACGGCUGUGUAUUACAUCCUGGCAGACCUGAUGAUGCUGACAUUGUACUUCUAUUACAAGUUCAAGAAACGUCCCUCUCUGGUGUCUGCCCCCAUCAAUUCUGUGCUCCUGUUCAUCAUGGGGACAGUGUGUAUCACGCCACUGCUCAGCAGCACUGGCCUAGAGGCUGCCCCAAGAGAACUCUUCCGGGGACGGACGCUUCUGUCUGUGGAGCCGGGCAGCAAGCCCUUCACAAAGCAGGAGGUCAUCGGUUUCGUCAUUGGCUCCGUCUCCAGCAUGCUGUACCUAUUCUCCCGGCUGCCACAGAUUCGCACCAAUUUCCUACGGAAGUCGACCGAGGGGAUAUCCUACUCUCUGUUUGCCUUGGUGAUGCUGGGGAACACGUUGUAUGGGCUGAGUGUGCUCCUCAAAAACCCUGAGGUUGGCCAGAGCAAAGGCAGCUACCUGCUGCACCACCUGCCCUGGCUCGUGGGUAGCCUGGGCAUGCUGCUGCUCGACACCAUCAUCUCCAUCCAGUUCCUGGUGUACCGGAGCCACGCCACCUCCCCAGAGCAUGAGCCCCUCCUCCCCAGCUGACCAACACCAGGCUGAGCCCUGGACAAAGAGAACCCCCAGAUGCUACCCCCAGGAAGGAAGAGGUGUGAUGUCGCUGCCACCCCUGGACUGGGCCUCGGAGGCAGUCUGCCUUUCCGCCAUGCCUUGAAUCCUCCAGACUGACCGACUCACUCUUCCAGAACCAAGACCAAUCCUCAGGGCUGGCCUGCCCCGCCCUGGGACACCCCUCUCCAGGGAGCCUGCAGCAGUGCUCCAGCUGAAAACCCAGGGCCUCAGAAGACAGUGCGGCAGCCCCCGCCCUCCUACCUCAUUCUGCUUGCACUGCAGCCAGCAGACCCAGGACUCUCACUGACUGGACACAAGCUAGUAAAUGGUCCCUGCCAGCCAGCCAGGUGUUCUGAUCUCCUUCCCAAGGUGCUGGGAUCUAGGCUGCUUUGGGGACGUAUGGUGGGUGAGGACCCUCCCCCCUGCCUGGGGAGAGACUAUGACCACCCAUGGGGCCCCUGGUUUCUUAAACUGUAUCUUUAUGUUCUCUCUGGGACAGGCUCCACCCUGACAGAGGGGAUAUAACAGCAAUGUUGAUACCCCAGUAGGCUCCCUGCUCCUGGGCAAGCAGAAAGAACAUAAUAGUCGCGUGUAGAUCUUGGUUUGGCAUCUCAGUUUCCCAGUGCCUGUGAACUAACACGAGAUGGGCAGUGAUGCUCCACCCUCCACGCGUCCAUCCUUACGAGGAUUAGACAGGCAGGGGCGGGGGCGUAAAUAGAGUUCAGCCCCAGAAUCUGGCAUGAGUGAUAGCUCAGUUCAAUAAAGCUUAGCUUCAGUGAUGUUCAGGUAAGUAAGAGGCACAGCCACCCUCUCUGGAGGUCAUGGUGACUUCCUGGAGGAGGUGACAGGCUAGAUGCUUGAGUGAGAUAAGGGAGGGAGGUUGGUAAAAAGAGGAGGGGUAGUCCCUGAGCUCAGCCUCCUGAGCCCCAGAUCUUGUUGGUCACUGGGACCUUGUCAGUGUCUGGGGGCAGAAAGAACAGCUGCCCUCCUUGCUGGUCUGGUCUUAACCCUUCAGAAACCAGAUAUGGGGAACUGGAGCCCACCUUGGGGGCUGGGGGCAGCUGUACCCCUGAGUGACCUUCUUUUAGAAUCCCCACUCCCUAGCUCAGAGGAAGGAGCGCCUCUGGCUGUGCUGCCCUGGCCCGCACCAGGCAUGGCACCAUGUGAGCCAACUCUGGUCCCUCAGUGAGAAGAGAUGGUCACCUGCCCUGGUGGGAAGAGCUGUGGCCAGAAGACAGAAGGUACCAUAGGAAUGGGACUGGACGUUCCCCUGAGGAUCAGCCUAGACGGCUUCACAGAGGAGGGGCCCAUGAGCUGGGUCUGGAAGGCAGAGUGUGAUUAUGAAAGGAGAGGGCCUGUGCAAAGGCCCAGGUGAGUCUGUGCUGCCCCCAGGUGGGGCUUGUUAAGAAGGGCCUUCCUGAGAGAAGGCCGGGCUGAUGCUGAGGACAAGGACAGGUCCUGGGGGCAGGGCUCUCUGCAGUCCAGGGCAGGUGAGUUUGGUUGGGGAGGAGUCUCUGGCUGCAGGGGGGAAGGGAGAUGGGAGUUCAGGUGGGCAGUGAGGCAGGCAGGUCUCGUCUUCCAGGUCCAUACUGCAGUGCCUGUAGAGCCCGUGUGCAGCUGGGGUUUGUUGAGCCCUUGCUGUGUGCGGGGCCUGGCCAUGGGCCCUCAGUGUGAUCCUUACAACCUUCACCGUCCCCACAGCUUCCUCUGAUAGAUGGAAUGAACCAUAAACAGGGAAACAGGCUUAGAGAAAUUCGGUGACUUGCCUAAGGUUGCCCAUCUAGGACAACAGCUGUUAGACACACAGUAGCUUCUCCAGCUAUGGUGCCAUCCAUUCCGGGCCAGCAUCCUGCCUGGCUGGGUAUCCAGGGCAGGUAGUGGGGUGCAGUCAGCCUUACUCUCUGGGGCCGCGUGCCCUCUGCUGGGCUCGUUCCCACUUUGCAGCUGGAUGUCUGGCUCCAUCCCCGGAUGGGACCUGGCUUCAUGCCAGUUACUUAGGCCCAGGUGCCACCUUUCCCAGCCUGAAGACCAGGAAGCUCAGUGACAGUGUGGGCCCCAAGAGUAGGCCCAAAUUGGAGCUGUACAGGGAGAAGAAAAUGAAGUAACAGCCAGCUGGAGAGGCCCUCAUUCCGUGAAGGUGCCACAACCCCUCUUCUGUCACCUUUUGGGAGGCCCAGGCUAAUGGAAAUGUGGCCCUGGCCCUGGGGAGCGCCUGCCUAAUGGAGACACAGCCCCUACCCUCAGGAAGCAGCCCCCCUAAACCUUGAUUCCUCAACCUUGUGGGCUCAGUCCUCUACCACAGGCAGGAGUCAAGCUGGUGGGGCUGGCAGACCCUGCUAGUCUGUCCCUAGAGCCCUGUGAGUGGCACACAGACUUGGAGGUCCUCCACACUGUGCUCUAAGCAUGGCCCCAACCUCUGGGCAGCCCAUGCCUCAGGGAGACAGCCUAAGCCUCAGUUUUCUUAUCCCAUGGGGCCAAGAGUAAUACUACUGGCCCCAGAACACAGGUGUGUUGAUCAAAUGAGAUGUACUUGUAGGCUUAUGUCUGGCAUGGGGCCACCUUAGGUUGUCCAUCUGACUGGGAGUUACCAGUACCACAACCACCACAGGUUUCUCCCAAGGAGAGAUUGACAGGAUCUCGCCACACUGAUGGGGCCAGGUGGAUCCAAGUUAGAAGCCUCCCUAGGUGGCUUUCCUGUCUCUCUCUGGCCCAUGCUUCUUGCUCCUUGCUGUAGGUCAUGGGGUGGUGAAUGCUCAUAUUGGUGUAGCCUGGGCUGAGGGGACAGGAGGCCACUCAGGCCUGAAGUGCAGGCAUCUGGUUUCAGCCUCAGGCUCAGCUACAGAAAGGGAACUGCACCUACCAGUGGCCCUUGUCCAGGAGGGUGUCCGUCAGGGUGCUUGUGGGGGGCCGGAGGCUGGGCCAUGUUCCUCUAAAGGUCCCUACUAUGGUGGGCUUUAUAUAUAAUUAUCUAUGUGUGUAAUUACAUAUGCUACAUCACAAACACAUACAUUUGACAUAUGGAGCCCAAAUGGCCUCUAACUUGUGAUCCUACUCCCUCAGCCUCCCAAGUGCUGUGGUGUACCACACCUGGCUGCAGGUUAUAUUUUAACUGGAACAAAAAGCCCCGUAUAAAAGGUUAUCGCUCAGUGCCUGGCCUGAUGCACCCAAGAUGCGGGGCUUUGCCUCCCCGAAGUCCCAGGGGUGGGGUGGAUGGCAGGCCGGAAGUGUCAACCACAAGGCAGAAGGGACAGACCCAGCAGCCCAGUCCUCAGCACUUGACCCUAGGCCUUCCCAGGCCAGUUUCCCAUUGGUCAUCAAACCUGGGAUUGUUUAAAGGCAAGUGAGGACAUAGUGGCUGUCAGUUCUCCCCUUCGCCAGAAGGGGGAGAAAGCCACAAGUCCUCUCUCUCCCUCUCUCUCCAACUCUUCUCCCAUCUGACUCAGCUUUGACUUGGCCUUCACUGGAGCUGGCAGUGGGACCAGAGGUCUCUGGGAAAACAGCCCAGUGGCAAGACUGCCUUUCACCCCAGAUUCACACAGUUCAUCUGCUGAGUACUGAUCCAGCCCUGUCUCAGCAGGCCCUGAGGACACUCUUCCAGUGCUCCUUCCUCACCCCGAAAGACCCCCUGUCCUGCUUGCCCUUACAUCCCCAGAACUUAGUAGGUGCUUAGUAAACGGUGGUGAGCCAGUGAAUGCUAGAGACACUGUCAAGGGGCUGUCAAUCCACUCCGGUGGAGGCAGGCGUGUUGCCCCCGCCCCAGUCAUGGGCCUGCUUCUCCACGUGGGUGAACUGCAUGGUAUGUGAGGCGUAUCUCAACAGAGAUAAAUGUCAAAUUAGCUCUUAAGUAUUAAAACGUGGAAAGUUAGGGGUUAAUGGAUGUAAUGACAUCUUGCAGUCUUUCUGAGUGCAUUGCCCUGGACGGUGUGACCGACUCUGUAGGAGAAGCUGUGCAGUCUGUUAGCUCCCAGAGAGUGGAGGGCCAUGUAGUUACCAGCUUUCCUCUUUGGCUACUUGCUCCCUGCUGCCCUUCAUCCAAAAAGCCCUGUACCGGGACCCUUUGUCCCCCAUCUUACUUGCUCGACUUGGUCUCAAAAGCUGGCAGUGCUGGCCCUUGUGGAAGAGUCCAGAAGGCAAAGUGAGACGCUGAACUCCACAAAUGUGUUGCACUAGACCACACACAGAAGAACUAAGGAGAUGGGAAGUUCAUAUCAACAAUGAGGCAGGGGAUGAGAGCCAGGGAAGGCAUUGGCAGGCACUGGGACCUGUGUGUGGGGAGCAGCACAGAGGGUAAGAAAGCCAGGCUCCACAGUGACUGGCUUCCUCCUAUCUGCAGUGUGACCUGCAUGUAGACAGAGGCCCCUGCACAGCUCCUGAAAAAAUAAAAGCAAGGGCAGGGAGGGGCAAGGACCUUCACCUUGCCACACACUAUGUGACUGAAUGGCCAGUUCUUCGGGGCAGUGGACUGGGAUCUGGGUGCCUGCAGUGCCUCCUCCUCCC